AUCGUUUUGGUUUUAGCAACGUUCGGGAACAGUUUAUUCUCCUGAGCGUAUCGUCCCAGAAGCUUGAGCAUUUUCGUGAUCUGUUGCGCAUCUCCUGCCACCACCGCAAACUUUGGAGAGAAGAUUUUUACUUUGCAUAUUCUCCAUCCGCCUAUUCUAUUUCCCCUCAUUUUUUCUUCCGGAUCGUUGAUAAAGAUCGCAAAAAGUAGGGGAUCAGUGAGCAACCUCCCAUACUCCAGAAACUUCCGCCCUUUGACAAUGAUUCCGAGUAAUUUUAUCAUUUCCCCCACUCAUAAUUGAAUCUUCUCUCUCUUUCGGAGGAUGUUAGUUUUUCUGCAAUUUCGGUCACGUGCAUCAGUCUCUUUCAGUUCUUCUGAUGAUAAACAAGUAAUAACGUAACGUGAGAAUGUUUCGAAUUUUGGCAUUUCAUCGUCGAUUUUUGAGUGACACAAAAAUCAGAUUGUUUGAUAAAGAAUUGAAGAGUUAUUUUGGCAAUGCUAGCCGAAAUUACAAUAGCCAGCCUUCGAAUACCUUUAAAUAUACUGAUAGAGAUAAUGUGUUCACCAGUCCCUACGACAAGAUUGAAAUUCCCUCGUGUUAUCUGCAUCAAGUUAUUUGGAAAGACGUGGACAAGUGGCGAAAUAAAACUGCACUUACGUGUUCAGCAUCUGGCAGAUCUUAUUCCUAUAACGAGUUGAGGGGAUUAUGCGGAAAAUUUGCAACUUCUCUGCGACGGAAUAAUUUGGGACCGGGGGAUACACUGGCGGUUGUUCUUCCGAAUAUUCCAGAGUACGCGAUUAUUGCGUUGGGUGCAAGUGAAGCUGGAGUGAGGGUGACCCUACUAAACCCUGCCUACACGAUUUAUGAAAUAAGUAAGCACCUGGCGAUUUCCGAAGCUUCUGCAAUAAUUACGACUCCGCAGAAAUAUCCAGAUAUAAUGGAAGCUCUGAAGCUGAAGAACUCUGUUCGCCUUCCAACAAUUGUUGUUCCAAAUGGGAACGAGCCAAUUCCUGCUGGUGCAAUAAAUUUCAGGGAUUUAGUGAGUAACAGGAUUGAGGAAUUUGAUAAUAUUGGAGAGCAAACUGGAACUGACUGCAAAAAUGAUACAUUCAUUAUUCCAUAUUCCAGUGGAACCAGUGGAUUCCCCAAAGGCGUUGAAAUUACUCACAGCAAUAUUGUUGCGAAUUUACUGCAAAUGGGACAUCAUGGAUACCAUCUUGAUCAAGAAGAUGGUAGUGAGGAACAAGAUGUCAUACCCGUGUUUCUACCCUUCUACCAUAUGUUUGGUUUUGUCGUUUGUUUUUUGAAUUAUCUCAGGAGGGGUGGACACGUUGUUUGCAUACCCCAAUUCACAAUUAAGAAUUUACUAGACGUCCUUGAGAAAAUUCGAACGACAGUAUUAUAUGUUGUACCUCCGGUUCUUCAAAUUACAGUGAAAGACGAGAGAUUCACGAAGAAACAUAUGGAUUAUGUGAACAGUGUUACGAGUGGUGCUGCCCCUCUUGGAAUUGAGAUAAUUAAACAAUUUCAUGCAAAAAUGGGGAGUCAUAUUCCCUUUAGCCAGGGUUACGGUUUGACUGAGACAUCUCCAGUGGUAGCACGAUCGAAAUAUUCCAGUUGGGAUUCUUCAGGUUUUAUAUUUGUAAAUACUGAUGUUCGAAUUGUUCACAUAAAUGAUGAGAACGUUCAGAAAAAUCUAGGUGUUAACGAAACUGGAGAAAUUUUUGUGAAAGGGCCGCAAGUGAUGAAAGGGUACUACAAAAAUCCUCAAGCUACGGCGGACUGUAUAGAUGGGGGAUGGCUAAAGACAGGAGAUUUAGGAUAUGUUAGCGAAAAAGGAGAAUUGUACAUCACGGGACAGUUAAAAGACCUGAUCAAAGUCAAGGGCUUCCAGGUUUCUCCUGCUGAACUGGAAGACGUCAUCAUAAGUCACGAAAAAGUAAAUGACGUUGCAGUAAUUGGAGUCCCUCACGACGAGUUAGGGGCAGCACCAAAAGCGUUCAUUGUGCCAAAGCCAAAUAUCAAAGUUACAGAGGAAGAAAUAAAAAAUCAUGUUGCACAAAGGCUAUCCAAACAUAAACACAUUAAUCAGAUCACAUUCAUCGACGAAAUUCCAAAAAAUGCAACUGGCAAGAUUCUCAGGAAAGAACUAUACAAGCUGUGAUUGAUUCAAUUUUUUAAGGUUUAAAAUUAAAAAUUCAUCAUCAUGUAGACGAUGGGAAUCUGUGAUACUGGCGAUUUCACUGAAAAAAUUUCGGCUCUCAAUUCAUUUUUUUAUAGGGAUGGGUACGCUAAGGACUAUUUUUAGAUAAUGUUUGGGAUUGUACAAGGAUGUAAAUAAAUUUCAGUAUCUCUCUUAAAUUAAGAGAUAUUCAUGGAAAACUGA